AUGCUUCCAUACUUCAAUGGAUCUUCACUGUUGGUCCAUUUCACCACAGUAGCACAAAACAUUGGACAGCGUUUCAGAGCCUUAAAUGUAAAGAUCAAGGAAGUAGUCACAAGGAAGAAUGUUGUAAGGUGGAGGGACCGGUGCCAGGGUGAUCUUUACACCGUUCCAUUUGAUGGAAACAAUACGUUUGCGUGUGACAUGGAGACACUGAUGAGCACUUACUGGCUUCUGUGUGACGCUGUGCAUCAUGCCAAUGUCUUCUACAGCCAUCAGCUGUUGGCCGUGAUUUCCUUCUUGUUAGUCAACAUCACGUGCAACCUCUACUAUAGCUACCUGGAAAUUGGGGGCAACAUUUUGGAUUUGUGCAAUUUGCUGUUGUGGUCUUCAGCUCAAAUCCUGUACCUGGUGUGGAUGAUUACCAGUUCUACAUCAGUCUCUGAGGCGGCUGACGAGAUAAAACCUUUAAUAUUUGAGUUGAUCAACAUUGAGGAUGACCUAUCACACAAACAAGAGCUGAAAAUGUUUGUACUGCGGUUAGAAACCUACAGACCAAGAUUUACGGCCUUUGAUAUUUUUGAAGUCAACAACCAAACCCUGACUACGAUGGCAGGACUGGUGAUGACGUAUCUGGUGAUCCUGAUACAAUUCCGACAGGACAAGUCCGACUGA